CAUGUCUCGCUGUAAAUAUUUCCAAACCCUCCAUACAGAGGGAGAGCUCGGGAUUUGAUUGAAUAGACUUUUCCGCCAUCAUGCCUACGUCUACCCCGUGGGAUACUAGCAAAGCUGCUUGGUUAUAUCCCCUUCGGGGUAUCUACUAUUUUGCAUCGCAUCGGUUUCUCUGGCCUCUAUUCCGCGCUCGAUUGUUACCGAUUGUUCUGCUCUCGACUUUUAUCUAUGUCAUCCUCUUUCUGUUUACCUACUUACCGCAAGUGGCGUUCCUGGCCAUUUUCCAAGGUGUCGGUGCUUGGAUCAAUGGUGCCUUUUUAGUGCUGGGUGAAGGGUCAAUUAUUGUCGCGGCAUUAUUCGAAGCAUUUUUCGUGGAUGAGACCCUAGUGGAUAUCUUUGAUGCAGUGGUUGCGAACGAGGGUUAUGAGGAACUCGUCACCACCUCGAGGGUCUUAUACCCCCAUGGUGAUGAUAUCGUCAAACGAUUGGGAAAGCCGACUACUAGUGCUGUCUAUGCCCCGUUUUCUUUUCGACAGAUCAUCGAGUUCAUUGUGCUGCUCCCGUUGAACUUCAUCCCAGUGGCAGGCACCCCGAUGUUUCUGUUAUUAACCGGCUACCGAGCUGGGCCUUUCCAUCACUGGCGAUAUUUCCAGAUGCUGGACUUGUCGAAAAAGGAACGAAAGGAGCAUAUUCGCAGACGGCAGUUGCAAUAUACCAGUUUUGGGACAGUCGCCCUUGUGCUCCAGCUCGUCCCCAUGCUGUCCAUGCUUUUCCUCAUGACAUCUGCUGCGGGCUCUGGGCUCUGGACGGUCGAGCUUGAACGAAAACGCGAACUGUUAGAACAAAGGGCGAGUAGAGUGGGCCACGACUAUCAUGAUAAUCCCAUGCCAUGAGUCAACACGAUCGAAUCAUCAGGAUUUCAAAGCCUGACAACUUGACACUUAACGGCUCAUCACUAGUGAUGGUACUGUGUUCCUUGGACCCUGCUAGACAAGACUGUUCCGGAAAUACCCUGUCUGCUCCGUGCAGGGGUUGUCUUCCAUGAUUGGCUUUCACUCGU